UUACCAUAGUUUAAAGAAGAACCACUUGUAACAAUAACAUUCAGCGAACUAGUUAGCCAGAGACUGGAAUACUUCCGGGAGAAAGACACAACAGUUACAUUGUGUGACACGAUCGUACAAUACUUUGCAUGCUGGUCGGAGUAACGUCGUCCAUGUACGAACAGGAUGAUCAGCCACUUGUUGACGAUGAUACGCCUUCAGAUCCCAAUAUCGACUUAACCAAAAUGGAGCAGGCUUCUAAUAGCAUUGCGGUGACUGAGAAUACAGUAAAUCUGACAGAAAAUGAAGACGAAAGGCCUUGUAACGAUCACAGAGAACAGCUUUGUGAAAUUCUUCACAGCAGAAAGGCUCAAUAUGUCAUCAUAACAUUGGUUGUCGUGGAUAUGAUCAUUGUUAUUGCAGAAUUACUCAUUGACUUGAAAGCAGUCGAAGUUCACCAUGAGAGCCAUGCACCACACAUCCUGCAUUACAUCAGCAUUGCCAUCCUGUCAAUCUUCAUGAUUGAGUUGUUUGUGAAGAUCUAUGCAAUGGGACUCACAUUUUUCAAACACAAAAUGGAGGUAUUUGAUGGAAUUGUAGUAACAGUAUCAUUUGCCUUGGAUAUAGCUUUCAGUGGAAAAGAGGGAGCUAUUGAUGGAAUAGGUCUUAUUGUUCUCCUUCGGCUUUGGAGAGUCACAAGAAUUGUCAAUGGUCUAGUUUUGUCUGUGCAAAUACAAGCCGACAGGAAGAUUCAAGUGUUGGAGAAGGAAAACAGUGAGCUAAAAGAAGAACUUGAACAGCUGAAAUCCAAGUGUGAACAGUUAGAGGUUGAGCUGAAAACAUUUCAACAUGAGACAGUCUCUGAUGCAAUUAAUGGAAUUAAAUGUGAUUAGUAAUCUGACAGCCAGAUUUAAUGAAGACCUGCUGAUUAAUUGAAUGACUGACUGACUUAUCAAUAAAUUAGGACUGACUGACUGGAUGAGUGACCGAUAAACAGAUAGAGAGACAGAAGAAUAGAAGAAUAUAUAUGUGGGAAUGUCUGAACCAAUGGCUUGCGAAUUAUAUUAUGAUUAUAUUAGAUAUAACUAUUUUUCAGAAAAAAGUAUUUUAAUUUAUAUUAAAUUGUCAUUAUUGAUACCAACAUUUAUCAAUUUUAAUAUAUCUUCAGACAUUGUCUAUUUUACGCAUAGUGUGUACCUGAAACUCAUGAUUUUACAACAAAUCUGAUUUGUGCAAGAAAUCAACAUAAUAUGUAGAAGAAUGAAAAACUCACAAUACUUUGGAUUUCACCUUUUUAUAGCUGAUCUAUUGAAAAAUGAGUGAAAUUUUUUCGAUGAUCAACUACCUUUAAAGAAUAUUUCUUUGAUUGUCCAAGCAAUCCAGAUAAUAUAGAUAGGAUAGAAAUAGUGUAGUCAUAUGAUUACCAAAAUAGUAUAUUUUUGUUUUGUCUAUGCAUCCCCCAAUGCGAGCUGCAUACUCUGGAAACCCCUGCAUUCAUGUUGAAAGUUUUACCUCAGAGAUCUUUUCUUUUCCUGACUAGAAUGCACCAUACCAUAUUUUAUCAUUGAAAUUGUACAAUGGGAUGAGUUUUAAGAAGGCACAGUUCAAACCAGGUUUUUCAAACUUUAGGCAACUAUGAAAUGUGUUCUUUUCAAAAAAAAAUAUUGCAACUCAGCACCACACAGGAUUGCUGAUUAUUUUAAUCUGUCUGAUAGAAAGGUAUUUUGAAAUUCAAAUUACUGAAAAAAAGCAAUGGGAUUCCAUUUCUUUUUCUUUCUUUUCAUUUAUUUUAUUUGUUAAUUUAUGUUGCUUUACUUUAUGGAGGAAAUGUAAUCAAGAACAUUUUAGAGCCAUAAAGAAGGUAAAACGUUUUUGUAAAUUGUGAAAAUAAAGCAAUUCUUUCGGUAUUGAGUUUUAGCAUUUCAACUAUUUUGCUUGUUUAGCUAGUUUUUGUAUGGCCAAUCAAGCUCUACGAAAAGUCCGAAUAAAACUUUGCAAAAUGUUA